GCCUUAUCUGUGCUGUGUCCCUAUUCCUCCCCUCCAUCUUUUUUCUCGUUUUCCAUUGUCAGCCGAGAGGAUAUAUCAGUAAAGAUGUCCGCUCAGAACUCCGCAGGCAUUCAGACCCUCCUCGAUGCUGAGAGAGAGGCCCAGAAGAUUGUUCAACAAGCUAGAGAGUACCGUACGAAGCGCAUAAGGGACGCGAAGUCAGAGGCACAGAAGGAGAUCGAAGAAUACAGAAAUCAGAAGGAACAAGAGUUCAAGAAAUUCGAGGCUGAGCACUCGAGCGGAUACAAGAAGGCCGAAGAGGAUGCAAACAAGGAGGCAGAAGUGAAGCUGCAGGAAAUCAAGGAUGCUGGAAACAGCAAGGGCGCUAAGGUUGUCGAAGACCUUAUCAGUGCGCUGACCGAUGUGAAGCCUGAGGCUUCCGAGAAGAUCCUGAGCCAGGCAUAGGCUUGCGGCCGUAAGGCUUCUCCGGCAGCAUUGAGGGGACAUGUUUAUUUGGGGCUUACUAUUUUAAAUGCUGUGAAUAUAGCGUUUGUUUCGUUACUUUGAUUCCAACCACGUCUAAUUAUAUUGAAGCCGACUCCAGCAGAUGUUGUCAACGCUGGGCAACGCCUACUUCGGCCUGAGGCAAGAUCUAGGUCGUGGCUCUAUUUAGAUGAGCUAUUUCUUCAAAUAGCAUUGAGCUCGGAUGGGUUACGACUUCCUAUAAUAAAGGUUUGAAUGAGGUCUCCGGACGUCUUCCUGGCUCGAAGGCUACGGCAGUCCCAUGUUUACAUUGUUCUCCG